UAGUAAAGCACCCGUCCGAAGAUCAGGCCUUUGAAUCCUAACAAUCCGAAUCACCAUUUAUCUCUGCGCAACCUAACAAUGGAUCCGAACAGGAACCCUCAACGACCCUCCGGUACAAACACCAACAAGCCUCCCGUAACCAAGACGACUCCCGCCCAAGCCAAGCGGACUAUACGCGCCGCCGCCACCAAUACCCCUACCGCUACCAGUUCGACCAAACCCAGCUCCACUUCUACCACCGGUAACCCAACCGCUGUGAGCAAACCUGUACCCGCGCGUCCCACCACUACAGCGACCAAUAAUGCCCAGACUUCUGGUCGUGGCACCGGCGCAGGCGCCCAAGGACCACCCAGAGCCCAGCCCGCCGCGGCGGCUGUAAACAAAAACACCAACGCAACCGGAAAUUCGGGCCAGACGAAGCCGACUACGGGGACGGCUGCUCCAAAGAAGGCCCCGACUUUCGCCGACGAGCGUCGUAUCCUCGAGCUCGCCGUGCAGCGUGCCGUCCUCGCCACCAAGACGGUCCUCAACGCACCCAACCAGUUCAAGAACAGCGGCGCGGGGACUGGGCCCAUCAGCCAGGUACAGCAUGCUCCGGCUGGCAAGAAGUCCGCGACUGCCGGCAAGAACACCAGCUCGCUGGCCAAGGAUGACAAGUCCCCCGUCACCAUCGCCGACUUUGCCGCGCAGGCCUUGAUCAUCUCUGGCUUCUGCAAGGCCUUCCCCAACUAUGGCGUCCUCGGCGAAGAGAACGCUGACGAGCUUCGCAAGCCCGAGAACGCGGAGAUGGUGGGGAAGAUAUGGGAACUUGUCAAAAACACAAAGUUGACGGACCCCGCGUGCGAGCGCCUGCUCGGGAAGCCAACGAGCCUCGAAGACAUGGUGGACACGAUCGACCGUGGUGGAAGCGUCUCCAGCGCCGAACCAGGAAAGAUAUAUCUCAUCAUGGACCCCGUCGAUGGGACGUCCGCGUUCAUGAAGCUUGGCCAGUACGUCGUCGCGACGGGACUCGUUCGGGACGGACGGGAGAUCAUGGGCGUGUCAGCCGGGCCGAACAUCAACUUCACCAAAGUGGUCAUAGAUGGCGCAAGGAUUGGAGAGUACGACGUCGAACCAUUGAAUCUAGGGACGAUGAUUUCCGCCGUGAAGGGGCAUGGGGCAAUUGCCCGGCCCAUUGGCCGAGGAGAUCUGUUGCCGCCAGUUCCUCUCAACCGCGCAUCGCAACCCGCGCCCAAGAUCGACCAGAGGCAGGCCGGUCCGAGCAAGUUUUCCGGCCUACAGUUCGUGGACUCUGAGAAGAGCCCAAAGACCCUAUCGGAUAAGGUCAAGCUCUUUGCAGGCCCCAACUACAAGAAUGCGAUACAGCUGUACUCUUCACACGCUCGCUACAUGGCCAUGGCCCUGGGUGACCGCAGCUACGUCCAGAUUCGCUGGCCCAACGCUCCCAAGGCAAAGUGGUCUAUCUGGGACCAUGUCGGCACACCCUUGAUCUACACGGAAUCUGGUCCAGGAAAGGUUACCGAUAUGCACGGGAAGGCCUUGCGGUACGAUGAGGGUAGGGACAUGAAGAGCCAUUGGGGCGUGAUCACCGCCGACGCGGCAAUUCACAAAGAGAUUGUGGACAUGGUGAAGAGCAUGCUUGGUAGGUAA